AUGGAUUUACCACUUGACUUGCCUGAUUCGAUAAGUAUCGGCCCAGUCGAGCAGUUCGAAAUUGCUAGGGCAAACCUUGACAAGAAUGGCUGGAGUGGGAAUGUGAUGGUAAACCCGGUAUCACGUUUUCGGGCCGUUCUACUACUUAGCAUGAUCUGUGAAGAAGUCUUGGAGCUUUCAAUUGGUCCACAAACACCAAACAUUGCUGAAAAAGCUAGCCCGAUCCAUAGUAGCGAUUUAGAGGCUGAAACCCCCCCCCCCCGAGAAAUAUUAUCGAAAUUGACUUUGACUUGGCAAUCAAUUUUCCAAAUACAAUUUGAACGGUCAAUGUGUGAAACCAAGCUACCAAGUGCCAUCUGGGUCGUUUCAGGUCCUCGACUUGAUUACCUUUAUACCAAAAUUCUCCUCCACAAAUUACUAAUUACUCACACGGAAGGCAAUCGCGAAAGGAUGAUCCAGACAUCGCAUGAUAUUCUGUAUUUAGCGCUGUCGCUUAUGAAAAAGCAUGAUCUGAUAGCUACGCCAAACCUGGAGUGGUUGGUAGGACUGAUAUUGAACAUAGAUGGUGGUCUACGCAAUGCUAGGCGCCAGCAUACUCAUCUUAGAAAUUUCCGAGAGAAACGCCAACGUCAUCGGUCUACGGUGUUGAAUCGGUCGACUUUAAUUCGGGACAUCGGUGUACUCAUCUCAUGCUGUGACUCGCUAGCUAUAUCUGGACAGAGCAACUAUCAGAUCUGCAAGCAAGCCCAGGAGGAUUUUUCACGGUGUCUAGACCAGAUGUUGAAUGCAAAUGAGCUAUGCUCACAUGGCUUAACGAGACAGGCUGGAGGAGAAGAAGCACAGGAGCCUUUCUCCCUAUCUUCGAUGAACUUUAGUCUGACAGAUCUGUAUCCUGAAAAUCCAGAAUGGUCUACUUGA